GUUCUAGAUUCUUCGGGUGUGGAUGAUUACCAACCAAACCAAAGCAGCAAAAACCCUUGUGUGCCCUAACAAAACAAUUUCAGACGUAUUUUGUUUUCAUGGGGGAAGUGAAUUUUCAGAAGAUUUGAGGACUUCCCUCCCACACUCUAAAUUUCUUCACUUUCCCGCCGCGGCUCACCAUUACUGUCAUUUCGCUCCCAACAAAUUCAAACCCGUCUCGACCCUUCGACCUCUGCAUCUAGACAUACAUUCAUGUGUGUACAUGCCCGGGCUGCCAGACGACGGGUUUGCUAAUAAACACGGUUGCAUCUUUGCAUCGUGAAUAAAUCAUCUAGAUCUCCUUCCAAAUCUAGUCGGUUUGGUGAACUUGGUUUCUAGGGUUUGAUCUACGUUUGCGCAGCUCUCGUCUCUGUCGGAAAACAUAUACUUGGGCAUGAAGAAAAUGGCUGAUUCAUUCGGGAAGUUGGGCAUUUGAGUGGUUAGUGUAUUUAUUAGUAUUUUUAAUGGAGUGCAACAAGGAUGAAGCAAUCAAGGCCAAGGAGCUUGCGGAGAGUAAAAUGCAAAACAAUGAAUUUGAAGGGGCCCAUAAAAUUGCAAUGAAAGCCCAGCGCCUUUAUCCAGAACUAGAUAACAUUAACCAGUUGCUGGCCGUCUGUAGUGUUCAUUGCUCAGCCAGAACCAAUAUGUUAGGAUUGGACAAGGACUGGUAUGGAAUUCUCCAAGUUGAUAGAUUGGCAGAUGAAGUGACCAUCAAGAAGCAGUACCGAAAGCUUGCACUUGUCCUUCACCCUGACAAGAACAAAUUCCCUGGUGCAGAAGCUGCUUUUAAGCUUAUUGGAGAGGCAAAUCUUGUGCUCUCAGACAAGACAAAGAGAUCUAUUUAUGACAAUAAACAUAAAUCAUCAGUCAGAGGAGGUCCUUCUGUAAAACCGCGGCCACCUUAUCCAGUCAACCCCCCUGCCCCCAGGUCAAAUUUUGAGUCUAACGGUCUCAAUAAUCAGUUCACCGCCCCAAACCAUCACCAAAAGGCACAAACAACUUCAUCUGUUGAUGAAAUCUCAUUUUGGACUAGCUGUCCUUUCUGUAGUGUGAGAUAUCAGUAUAGACGAGAGAUAGUGUGUAGAGCUGUUCGCUGCCAGAACUGUGCAAAACCAUUCAUUGCAUAUGAUAUUGGGUCUCAUAGCAUUUCAACUGGUUUUGGUGCACGUCAACCUAGUCAGCAGACUUACAAGCAAAAAGUGGUUCAAAAUCAAGGAUCUGCAAAACCGACUGCAAAUCCAUCCGCAGUUCCUCAGUAUCCCCACCAACAAGCAGGGACACAGAGAGGGAAUGCUUCUCAGGUGUUUAAGGAUUUGAGGAGUAAAGAGAAACUUAAGGUCAAUGAAAGUCCACAAGACUCAAGAGUUAAGAGCAAGAAAAGGGGCAGGAAACAUUGUGCAUCUGAAUCAAGUGAGAGUUGUUAUUCAACAAGUAAUGAUGAGUCAGAAGAUUUUGACAUUGAAGAAAAGGAGAGAAGUCCUUCUGGUGUGCAGAGAGUUGGUGUUAAGCAUGACAAUGUGAGGAGAUCAUUUCGGAGAAGGCAGGAUGUUUCAUACAAUGAAACUGAGGAUGAUGAUUUCCAUUCGAAGCAUUCAAAAUCUGUUCCAUACACAGAAGAUGUAGCGCCUCCUGAAAGCCUGCACAAAGGAAAUACUGAUGCAGAUGAUGCCACUGGCUCAACCUCAAAUGGUUCCAAAAAGGUUGAAGUUAUUAUCGAUUGCGAAUCAGAUUCAGAUCUCAAUAAUGUUGAUGAUUCGGUUCAGACAUAUACAUACCCUGAUCCAGAAUUCCAUGAUUUUGACAAGGACAAGGAAGAGAGUUGCUUCGCAGCUGACCAACUGUGGGCUUGUUAUGACACAGCUGAUGGAAUGCCGAGAUUCUAUGCUCACAUAAAAAAGAUAUAUUCCCCUGAAUUCGCCAUACAGUUCAAUUGGCUUGAGAUACAUCCUCAUGACAAGCUUGUUAAUGAUUGGGCUGAUGCUGAAUUACCAGUUGCAUGCGGCAAGUUCAAGCGUUGUAGAAAAUCUGAAAUAGUUUACGAUCGUGUAUCUUUCUCCCAUAGAGUGCAGUGGGCAAAGGAUAGGAAGGGUGCAUACAUCAUAUACCCUAGGAAAGGGGAGAUUUGGGCCCUUUUCAGAGGGUGGGAUAUCGGCUGGAGCUCCCAGCCUGAAAAACAUCAGCACUUCAAUUAUGAAGUCGUGGAGGUUCUUUCUGAUUAUGUUGAUGAUGUGGGGAUUAGAGUUGGAUACUUGAAUAAGCUGGAUGGAUAUGUCUCUCUCUUUCAGGGUGGGACUGAUUUGUCUGGUUCAUCUUUCUUCAUAAAGCAGAAUGAGAUUUACAGAUUCUCCCACAGAAUUCCCUCUUUCAGAUUGUCUGGAACUGAGAGAGAAGGUGUGCCAGCUGGGGCUUUUGAACUUGACCUUGCUUCUUUACCUGAAAAUCCUGAUGACCUUUGGUAUCCUCUCAAAGGCAUGGUGAGCAGAAGCAGUAAACCGAGGACUCCUAGCAAGGUUGGCACAUGUAGCUCCUCCAUUGACCCCAAAGAAGUUAAUGUUGUUGAGGACUUUGAGAUGGCAAAGGCCGGAAAAUCACCAAGGCCCAUAAAUGUUACCGAGAAGAAAUGAAAAGCAAUCCAUUUAUCUAUUGUAGCCAAGGUGAUCUGUGUGACAUCAGUUCAGAAUUCUAACUCCUUAGAAAUGGCGGUGGUGGUGGUAAGAGUUUGAAACUUAACUCAUCGUGAUCAUGCAAAAUAUGCUUGUUAGACCGAAUGUUAUCUUAUGUUGGGGUUGAUGUGAAGUAAACUGUUUAACUGGUUGGAUUCUAGCUAGCUAGCUACUUGCUAGAUAGUAGAUGUAUUAUGUGUAUGUCUUUUGCUUUUAGGACAUGUGCUUUUGUUUCCAGGGCUUCGUUAUGGCUAUCCUUGUAAUGUCACUAUGGGAAAUUUGAUUUUUAACCCUCUUGCAGGAUAUUUUUCAUAGCAUGUUUUUUUUGAAAUUAUUUUUCCUAGCAUGUUAUUCCCCAUUCUGAA